GCAGUGCUAGCCGUGUUUCCCGCCAAAACUCCUGUCAAACGGGGUGGCCCGCUCGUUUUAUUAAAAGUUCUUUUUUUAAAGAAUAAAAAAAUAAAAAUGAGUGCUAUCCUUCUUGCUGUCGUAAUAGCGCUAUGCGCUUACAAAUUUUUCACCCGCAACACUAUAACUUUGAAAAGAGUAAAUAAAAAAACGGGUGAAGUGAAUACGACUUUGCAAUUGGCACCGGGGCCGAUUCCUUUGCCUAUAAUAGGGAAUUUACACCUUUUGGGCAAACACGAAUCACCGUUUCAGGCGUUCACGGCGCUAUCUAAACAAUAUGGCGAUAUAUUCAGUCUUAAAUUGGGAAAUACACCGUGCUUAGUUGUUAAUAAUUUGGAAUUGAUCAGAGAAGUUUUGAACCAGAAUGGGAAGUUCUUUGGUGGGAGACCUGACUUCAUAAGGUUCCAUAAACUAUUCGCUGGCGACAGGAACAAUUCUCUCGCUCUCUGCGAUUGGUCUAACCUUCAAACGCGCCGCCGAAAUAUGGCAAGACGUCACUGUGGACCAAAACAACAUACAGAUAACUUCGCUAGAAUAGGCAGUGUAGCCACAUUCGAAGCCAUAGACAUGGUGCAAACAUUGAAAUCGAUAGCGAACACCACAGAGAGCAGUAUCAAUCUAAAACCAAUCUUAAUGUCCACAGCAAUGAAUAUGUUCUCCCACUACAUGUGCAACGUGAGAUUCGACGCCGAGAAUGACGAGGAAUUUAGAAAAAUAGUCGACCACUUCGACGAGAUAUUCUGGGAGAUAAACCAAGGUUAUGCUGUCGAUUUCCUGCCUUGGUUAGAGCCCUUGUACAAGAAGCACAUGAACAAACUCUCCGGCUGGUCACAGGAUAUACGUAAUUUCAUUUUAUCUAGAAUAGUCGAGCAGAGAGAGAUGUGUUUAGAUGUUGAAGGUCCUGAAAAAGAUUUUCUUGAUGGUCUUCUCAGAGUUUUACAUGACGAUCCUAGCGUUGAUAGAAAUACUAUAAUAUUUAUGCUUGAAGAUUUCUUAGGAGGUCAUUCUUCUGUCGGCAAUUUAGUUAUGCUUUGUUUAGCUGCAGUAGCUAGAGAUCCUGAGGUUGCAAAGAAAAUUAAAGCUGAAAUCGAUGGGCAUACUAAGGGGAAGAGAGCUAUUACACUCUCUGAUAGGAGUAGCUUACCUUAUACUGAAGCUACAAUUCUGGAAUGUCUCAGGUAUGCAUCUUCUCCUAUCGUACCACAUGUUGCUACUGAAAAUGCUGUGGUAUCAGGUUAUGGGGUUGAAAAAGGUACAGUUGUGUUCAUAAAUAACUACGAGUUAAAUACAUCUGAGCAAUAUUGGAAGGAGCCUGAGAAAUUCGACCCGUCCAGGUUCCUAGAGAAAACGAAAAUUAGAGUGCGAAGGAAUUCCCUUUGCGAUUCUGGUAUGGAAUCGGACGGGGAGAGAACGGGACCGAUAGAUAAAUUGAAGGAAAUAGAAAGAGAGGUGGUGUCUGUUAAGAAGAAUAUACCACAUUUCCUUCCGUUCAGCAUUGGUAAGAGGACCUGCAUUGGUCAGACUUUAGUAACUACAAUGAGUUUUGUUAUGUUCGCCAGCAUAAUGCAAGAGUUUGAUGUAGCAGCUGAGAAUGUUGAAGAUUUAAGACAGAAGCCGGCUUGUGUUGCGUUACCUAAAGACACGUUCAGUCUAUACCUAGUGCCGAGAAAACAUUGAACUGUUAUUAUUAAAUUCUAUUCUUUUUUUUGUAUAUAACUCCUUGGAGGCUAUGCGUCUACGGAUUCUUUGCAAGUAGAAUUAAAAAAAAAAUAUUCCAGUUGUUCUGAAUACAAAUUGGCUCCAAUAUAUAUUUUUCAGUAAAAACUUUUUUGACACAACUAUUCAAUAUUUUCUUUAUUCUGAUUUUAAAAAUGCACUAUUUUUAUAUGUUAUGUAAUUGCAAAGAAACCAUGACAAUUUGCCAAAUGGGAUACGCUCAAAAAGCUUAAUUAUUUAUUCACAGUUUUUUUUAAUAUUUUUUAAUUGUUUACAACUAAGAUUGUGAUUAACUAGGUGUCGAAACGUGUCUUUGCAGCAAAUUUGAAUGCACUGCAAAAGAUCAUAACUUUAAAAAGUGAUAAAACACGACACUUUUUGUAAAAAAACGACUGCUUUAAUGUCCAUCGGAUAAAUGAUUUAUGAUGAUAUAGUUUUAGAUUAUUUUCAAUAUUUAUCUAAUUGACUUCUUAUUUUAAUUUUGAUACUUUAAAUAAAAAAGUUUUAUAAAAAUUCCGAGUUACUUCAUAACUUAGCUGUUUUUGUUUUGAAAGGUUUAAACGGUGAG